AGUGUAGUAUUCUACUUUGUAGGUUAAAGAACUAAUAAUGCACAUACACAGAUUAUCCAUAUCCAUUCAUAGUGUCAUACUCCACUAAGCGAAAGCUUUCUCUUUAAGCAUUUACCACUGCAAGAAUGACAGUAUAUAAUGGCACAAUCUCCUCUGAGAAGUACAACAGAAGGUGUGCUCCUCAAAAGUCCUACAAAGUUCGGCAUCUCUCAGCAUUAGCAGAAAUGGCUAAAUACUUCACUUUGUGCUUCCUCCUCUUGCUCGUCCUCUCGUGUGAUGAGGAAAGGGUCUUCUUAGCAGAAGCAAAAGAUUGCUACAAAGUUUGGACCUGCAAAGGCGGCGACAGAUGCUGGGAGGAUUGCAGGAACCGGUUCAAUGGACGAGGCAUGUGCGAUCUUUAUACCGCGCCUCCUGUUCCGAAGCAAUGUUUCUGUGCUUACAAGUGCUGAAUUCGGAUUUGUAUUAGACAGCAGAACUGUCACUUGUGUAUAAGUA